CGUCUGCGCGUGACGUCGCAGCGGCGUUCGUCCUGCUCCCGGUCUCGCCCUCGCCGCCCCUCGGCCCUCUCCGGCCCGCGCCUGCCGCCCGCUGCCGCCAUGGCGAACGUGGCCGACACGAAGCUGUACGAUAUCCUGGGCGUGCCGCCCGGAGCCUCCGACAACGAGCUCAAGAAGGCUUAUAGAAAACUAGCCAAGGAGUACCAUCCUGAUAAGAAUCCAAAUGCAGGUGACAAAUUCAAAGAAAUAAGCUUUGCCUAUGAAGUAUUGUCAAAUCCAGAGAAACGUGAGUUAUAUGAUAGAUAUGGAGAACAGGGCCUUCGAGAAGGUAGUGGUGGAAGCAGUGGAAUGGACGAUAUUUUCUCCCACAUCUUUGGUGGUGGAUUGUUCAACUUCAUGGGUGGUCAGAGUAGAAGUCGUAAUGGUAGAAGAAGAGGAGAAGAUAUGAUGCAUCCUCUCAAAGUCUCUUUAGAAGAUUUAUAUAAUGGAAAGACAACUAAACUACAACUUAGCAAGAAUGUCCUUUGUAGUGCAUGUAAUGGUCAAGGAGGGAAGGCUGGAGCUGUUCAGAAAUGUAAUGCUUGUCGGGGUAGAGGUGUACGUAUCAUGAUCAGACAGCUGGCUCCUGGAAUGGUUCAGCAGAUGCAGUCUGUGUGCUCUGACUGCAAUGGAGAAGGUGAAGUAAUUAAUGAAAAAGACCGCUGUAAAAAAUGUGAAGGGAAAAAGGUGAUCAAAGAGGUAAAAAUACUUGAAGUCCAUGUAGACAAAGGCAUGAAACAUGGACAAAGAAUUACAUUCAGUGGAGAAGCAGAUCAGGCUCCAGGUGUGGAACCAGGUGAUAUUGUCCUGUUACUCCAAGAAAAGGAGAAUGAGGUGUUCCAAAGGGAUGGGAAUGAUUUGCAUAUGACGCACAAGAUAGGACUUGUUGAAGCACUGUGUGGAUUCCAGUUCACAUUUAAGCACCUCGAUGGGCGUCAAAUUGUGGUUAAAUAUCCUCCUGGAAAAGUAAUUGAACCAGGUUGUGUCCGUGUAGUCAGAGGUGAAGGAAUGCCACAGUAUCGUAAUCCUUUUGAGAAGGGGGAUCUUUACAUUAAAUUUGACGUUCAGUUUCCUGAAAAUAACUGGAUUAGCCCAGAGAAGCUUUCAGAACUUGAAGAUCUUCUGCCUGCUAGACCAGAAUUUCCUAAUGUAAUUGGUGAUGCAGAAGAGGUAGAUCUUCAGGAAUUUGAUACCACUCGUGGUUCAGGUGGUGGCCAGAGACGUGAAGCUUAUAAUGAUAGUUCUGAUGAAGAAAGCAGCCAUCAUGGACCUGGGGUACAGUGUGCCCAUCAGUAAACAUUUGUCUAAAAAGUUGCACAAGGAUUUUCUUUCAAAUUUUGCCUGACUUGUUUUCAACAAUCCAACUGGAUUGUAUAAGUAAUCCAGAUGAACCAAUGGACAUCUAUUGCUGUAUGUGUAACUUUUAAAUUGGUCUAUAGUAUCUACAGAGUGUAAUUUAAACUAACCACAAAGCUUACAUCUUCAUUUUGACUGUGUAGCAGAAUAAAGCACUUGAAAGGAAGACGAGACUCCUUUUCACAUGGGUUUUAAGUUUGUCCUCGUAUCUGUGCUUGAUUUUUACCAGUUUUGUGUAGAUUUUAAGUUUCAUAUUUUAAAUUCAAAUUCUCCAUUGUAAAGUUUGUGUACAAUUUGUCCUGAGGCUUGGUAUUUGGCUGCACCUGCAUAAGCUGCUACAAGUAGAAUAAAGAAUUUCAUAGCCUGUAUCUGUCAUCUAGAUGCAUGGUAAAUGGGCUUUGCACAUAAUGGGUUUAGAGCUGACUGGGAACAAUGGAAGACUAAAUUAGAAGUGGUUGUAAGUUUUUUCUACCAUCUUGUGAACGGUUUCUGAAAUAAAUAAAAGCAGUUGGUGUAUAAUAUAUUUCUUUUUGCCUUGUAGCUUUUACUUUUGCAGUGGUUCUGACCAUGUUGUGUACCAACUGACUAUAGAGAGGUAGACACUUGAAAACACAGAGAGGCUGAAGCUGCUUUAAGACCAGCUUGCAGUUUAAGAACUGUAUGUAUAAAUAUUUUCUUGAGCAGUGAUACAACUAUUUGGGUAGGGGAAGGCCACAGCCAUGUCCCCUUUCUAUAGAGAAAGUACAGAGGUUUCAGACUGCCAUUAAGAAGUUACAAACAUCUUAAAUGAAGAUGAUUAAAUCCCAUGCUAAAUUAAAUCAUGUCUUAAAAAAAAAAAACCAUCUGGCAACUUGUAAUUGCAUUAACAUAGUUUGUAAAGAGAUGGAGAUUAGUGUUGUAC